CUCACUCGUAUUUUUUUAAAAUGAAUAUUUAUACAAUCAGCACAUAUUAUAGCGAAACAGAUCUUAUUGAAAUUUUAUUAUUAUAAUAUUAGCUGAAACAUCAUCGAAUAGCAUAGUAAAAUCGAGCAUUCUUUUCUCUUCAAGACUAUAUAAAAAGAAAGGUUUUCAAGCUUAUACUAUACGGUACUAAAAUGUAACUACCACUACUUUUAGGUACCCCUAACUAUUUUUUGUUGUAUUAUUUAGGUACAACAAUGAAUGUUCUUCGUUAUCCAAUUCAAUUAAGAACUGGAAAAAAUUAAUUUAUGUGUGCAGAACGUUUGAAAUCCUAAGAGGAAAACGAAUAAAUUUUUGAUGAAAAUAGUAAUUUAAUUGAAAAUGUAACAACUACUAUUCGUAUGGUUUUAUUUGUUUUAAUGAAGAAAAUGUUAAAGAUAAAAUUUUAGACAAUGUUAUAUCAAUAGUAAAAUGGUGAGAUUGAUUUGAAUCUGAAAUGAAUUUACCAAAAAAACUCCUAUUCAAUAUACAUAUUCAUCUGAUGAAAAUUCUUUUUAUGUAGAUCGUUGAUUUGAAUUUCGUGAAUAUAAUUAUAUAGAUUAUCGAGAAAAGAAAAUGCAAUCUUUUAAUCCUGAUUGAUAUAAAAAUGAAAAAUCGUUUUAUGAUACACUAGGAGUUAUUUUACCUGAACAAGUGAAAACAAAAAGUUUGUUUCUAUUUUAUUUUAUUUUAUUCUUCAUUGAAGAUUAUUAAUGAAUGUCGUAGUCAAACAAAAACUUUCACUUUUUAUUUUCACCAUCAAUGAACUAAUAUUCGACCGAUGAAUAUUUUAUUAGAUAUUGGACAAACGAUAUUAAUUGGUGACAUUGCAAGAAUUGAUAUUAAACAUGUUUGUUUAUGAAAUGUUCUGUCUUUUUUUGUUAAUUAAUUCUCUCUUUUAUUAAAGAUUUCUAAUCAUGUUCUAGUGAGUCUUUCUUUCAUGACAACAUCUCAUUUACCAAUUAAUGUCAUAGAAACAAAAAAUGAUGAGAAAUUUUAUGAAAAAACUCUGGAAAAAGAUCAACUUGAAGUGAAUAGUCUCUUUUUGUUAUAUAUUAAUAGAAAAGAUACAUUUUAAAAACUUUCCACAAAAUCGUAUCAAUGAUCGUCUUCAAGAUUCACCUCAACUUUGUGGACCAACUAUUGAAAUUCUUGGAAUUAGAAAAGAAGAAGAAGAUAAUCAAUCAGAAUAUAUUACGGAAUAUAUAAAACAAUUUUCUAAAUUAGAAAAAGAUUAUUUUCAUGGUUAUGUAUAUGAUACAAUAUGGAGUUUAACAUAUCUUUAUCAAUCACAUUUAUUAAUAUUUAUAUCAAUAUCAAUAUGUAGUGGAAUUGGAUUGUUUAUAUCAUGGACUUUUCUUGAUUUUAAUAUUCAUUUUCGAUCACAUAGAUACAUUCGUAUGUCAAGUCCAACAUUAGAUAAUAUUAUUUUAGCCGGUUUAGAAAACAAGAUGGAGACAAUCAAUUAUUAUCCAUCCGAUACCACAAUUGGUAGUAUUCUAUUUAAUAAUUAUAUAUCUGAAGAAAUUCGUUGUUUAACUGUAAAAGAAUUAACGUCAUCACAAUCAAUUGAUCGUCUUGGUGCAUCAGUAUCUGAUAGUCCAUAUGAUUUAGCAUUAGGAUCCUUUGAUAAAAAAAUGAUCGUUGUUUUACUUGUCAUCAAGGGAUUUGUUGUUUGUCCAUGGCAUCUUGGGCAUAUAUAA